GCUAUGCAAGUAAUACUAGAUCAUCCGGUCACCAUCAUCAUCCUCUUGCUAUUCUCAUCGAAGGAAACAGCAGCGUCCAUGGCAAAGCCUGGUUGCCAAGAGACAUGUGGGAACGUUGGGAUUGUUUAUCCAUUUGGUAUUGGCAGAGGCUGCUACCAUGACAAAAAUUUUGAGGUCUCAUGCGCCUACUCCUCCAACCCUCCACGCCCUUCUCUUGUGGUGCUUCAAGUUGAAGUUUUGAAGACGUCACCGGAUAAUGUGAGAAUUUGUGAUUGGACUGUGGCUGCUUGUUACUUUGAUUACACAUCACAAGCGGCAUCGGCUUUUACGCCCAUGGAGCCUUACAGUUAUUCCCACGCAGAAAAUAAGUUUAUAGGCAUUGGGUGUGACAUAGGUGCUUAUAUCGGUGAAUUAAAUCGUACAAGCCGUAGCCUAACAAGAUACGCGGGCGGGUGUGUGUCAGUUUGCCACAUACCUGGAGGUCAAGCCUGGUCUAAUCGUACUUCCUGCUCUGGAAUUCGCUGCUGCCAGACUACUUUCUCAAACGAUCUUUCAAACGUUGAUCUAUGGCUUACCAACAUGAGCAUGUGGUCCAAGGCCAUGGCCGGGUCGAACUCCAAUCCAUGUAGCUUUGCCAUCAUUGCCGAGAAGAACUUCUCGGACUUUGAUCGAUUUGACACCACGUUGUCCGGUGAAAACAAAACCUACUUUUACCCUGCAAUAUUGAAUUGGGCAAUCGGAAACAAAUCUUGCCAAGAAGCCCGAAAAAGAAGCCAUUAUGCAUGUGGCAGCAACAGUCGUUGUGUUGAUUCUGAUCAAGGCAGUGGAUAUAAGUGUCGUUGCAGUCAAGGCUACCGCGGGAACCCUUACCUUCAAGAUGGCUGCAUAGGUACUAUGUUCUUCAUUAUUCUUGGCUUGGUAGUUGGCUACAUAGGAACAUGAAUUUAUUGUUUGUGAAACCAGAAGACUAGAAUUUUCCCUUCUACCACAAUUGCCAAGAAUUCUUCUAUUAGUAGAUAGUACUGCAAUAAAAUAAUGGAAACAUUUUCAAGGCCUCUACCAUUUCCCCUCCAUCAGAAUGAGGGACACCAGUCUGUACCACUCCAACAUGGCCUCCAGCACUCUGAUAAAAGCCCCAAUCCAACAAUUUCCUAGUUUAAAAUUAUUAAUAAGUUUGCUUUUCUGUUUUGGCAUCUUAAAAGAUAUUAAUGAGUGCAUGGACCCAAACAACACUCUUUGCAAAAAAGGAGCUGUAUGCAUAAACACAUAUGGAGGCUACUAUUGUGCCUGCCCACCUGGUUACCAUAGCCAUGAUAGCCAACCUGAACAUGGGUGUGUACGUGACAAAGU